GAUAAUUGUUUUGAUGCUACUUCCUCACUGUGACGCACUCGAAAGUCCCGUGAUCGUUUCGCUUAUCAAUAUAACGCUUCAAGGACUGGAUUAAACUCAUGUGGAAAGAAAACUGACGACAUUCAUUCUAUUAUAUUUUCUUCAAACAACCGGGAGCAAGAAUUAUUACAGAAAGCAAAAUGCAUUUCAGGCUGUGUUUGUUGAACACCAUGAUAUUUGCGAUUUUUGCUUUCACGUCAGCGGGACCGCUUCAUGCACAGUGUAAAGUUGAAUGGUUCUUUGGAAUCCCUUGCCAUGAUGUUUUCAUCGCCUUGGUAACCCAGAUAAAACAGUGGACCACGGCAGACAACUGCGCUCAUGGAGGAGAGAAAUGUCUGUACACAUUGGAGUCUUCUGAUAUACAUUUCAUAAAGGCAAAGCACACCACUCCAGUGAAGAAGUACGUUGAUGACCUCACCUUCAGACUGCUUCCCUACCCGGACAAUACCAAUUGCCAUAUCGUUGCUUUGUCAGUUUCUGAAGCCUGGUAUGCAAUCUUGGAUUAUGGUACAAACUACUGCAACCUCUUCAACCUUGUGGAAGGAAGUGGCUUAAACCAAUCCCCAGGAUACAAAGAAGUGACCAGCGAUUUCAUAUGCACUCAGCACUCUACAGCUAAUUGCACCAUUUACUGAGUUUCACUUGUGAGUGGUAAAUAAACAUGUGGCACAUUGUAUGAAGCACUUUUUAAGUAACUCAGACCUAUUCACAGCCCAGUCCUUUGCCUUACAAUACAUCUGCAUCGCACACUAUUACCAUUACAUAAAGAGUUAGAAGUAAAAGAAAUAUUAGUCAGUAAGAUUUCAGAAGUAAUGGUAUUCUUCCAUGUGAUCGUGGUGUGCAUGAUUUCUUUUAGACCCAUUUUUUAAAACUGAUUUGUUUAGAGGAGUAUUUCCAAAAACAGGAUGUUUUUUUAAGGUAGCUGCAGCACAAAGAAAUCUCUCUCCCAAACCGCUGACAAAGCAAUGUUCCCCUAGUCUUGUGAUCAAUUUAUUGUUGCUGUGUUUGGUGUUACUGUGUUUUAAAUGUAAAAAUUAUUAUCUUGAUGUCAGCUGUAUAACCGUAUAUAUAUAUAUAUAUAGGUUAUAGAGCUGACAUCAAGAUAAUAAUUAUACAUAUGUAUGAUUAUAUAUAUUUAGAAUUACUUCAUGAUAAUAACAAUAAAUAUAUAUGCAUGCUGUGGUGUCUUGUGUUAAUGGUGAAACUAUAUUAAAAAAAAAAAAGUGUCAGGUUACAGAUUGUGUUUCUUGACUUGACCUCAGCUCUGCUAAGACCUGCUGUAUCAUAUCAUGCUCUGAUGAUUCUGGGUUUGUUUAUUAAAGCAAGAAGGGGCUUGUCAAAUAUAAAACAUGUUUAAAUAA